AUGUCGUUCAAGAUCCCUUCACGAAAAGCGGCUAUUCGCAUCGUCGAUCCCACCACCGGAGCCGAGGUGGCAGCCGUCAAACACACCACUCCAGAUGGAGCAGCAACUCAUCGAAGCCCGCCGCCACAUGCGCAAAAAGGGAAUGCCAGACGCAACCAAGACGAACCCAAAACCACGAAUGGGCUACCUUUAAUGAAGCAAACCCCGCCGAACGAUAGUACUUACGCCAAAAGCACAUUACCGGUCACGAUCUCUUUCAGCCAUGAAAACCAGCGGCCACUACAAAUGGCAUCUGUAAACCAAAGCAACAGCGUGUUCGGUUUCAAUUCAACGGAUUGGAAGCCGGACAUUAACGCCCCGAGUUAUAUUCCUUCGUACCUCUGGGCUAUCCAGCAGUCUCCAGCGAUGGACAAGAUUUCUAAGCAAAUAAGCUCAAUUGACUUUGGAGCUUAUAUCCGGAGCUUUGCUGGCGCCCUCUAUCUGGACCCGGUCCCGCAAAUCCACCCAGAAUUCAGAGAGGUGCCAGUGACCAUCUCCCGCCAUCCAAGGAACUUGACCCCUGAUAGCUACUUUGAUUACUUUUCUGAAUGUCUCACGCUUGAAGGCUUUAGCCAUUCAGCCACUUUAUCACCUUUGGUUCUUUUCAACACGACGCUAGAACCAAAAAACCAGCAACAACAUCUUUACACUCUGAAGGUUCCAGGCCUUAGAGACAAUACCCCACAGCUAUCCCUCGGCGAUAUGGUCGUUGUGCGCCAGUUUUUUCCGUUUCCUCAAAUCACGCAACAAGGGUUGGAAUGGGUAUCCAACAACCAAAACGGGCUCAACGGCUCUGUGGCUCCAGGUUUCAACGGCAUUCAGAUCCGUUCCUAUGUAUGGGGUAUUUCAAAGCCCACUGAAACCGUUAUCAUUCGAGUGGACGGCUUUUUCGGGUCGUCCAAGUCUUGCAAUGUGUCUUUUACCCUACCACUUGAUUCCUACGUUGCGUCGUGGAGAGCAAUUCAAAAGAUCAGCGGAACUGAAACCCACGCAGCUAAUAGUUAUGAUUCCACUCCUAGCGCUCGAGAUAAACAUGGCUGGAUUCGCCGCAUGCUGUUUCCAGAGGAGAAGCAUUGUCUAACGCAAAAGGAUUUACCAAAAGGUUCAUUCGACCGCAAUUGGAGCGAUUCACAGCUUAACUACGAACAACAGAAAGCCGUGGAUUCGGUUGUCUCUCGAAAUUUUGGGGAUCUUCCGUUCCUAAUCUCCGGAGUGCCCGGAUCUGGGAAAACAAAGACUGUUGUGGAAUGCGCACUACAGCUGCUUGACAGUACUUCUGACACCACCCCUCACCUCCUCAUAUGCGCUCCGUCAAGCCCGGCUGCUGAUACACUUGCUCUUCGCCUUUCGUCUCACCUUAAGCCGCAUGAACUAUUCAGGCUAAAUGGGUGGAACAGAACCUUUGCUGAAGUACCUGAUAAGCUCCUCCCGUAUACGUAUACGGACAAUGAAGUAUUUUCGUUGCCUAACUUUCAGAUGAUGAUGAAGUACAAAAUUGUGGUCACUACAUGUAAUGAUGCCGACAUGCUUGUCCAAGCUCGUCUGACCAAUGGAGACCUGAUGAAGCUGGCAUACGAAACAAUCUCAGCCAUCUCUCCGAGCGCCCAAGUGAAGCCGGAAAUGCUGCUCCAUUGGACGGCGCUUAUUGUAGAUGAAGCAGCUCAAGCAACAGAGCCGUCAGUUUGCAUACCACUCACUGUGGUUUCGAAUCCAUUGGCUCUUGACCCACAGCCCGGCAACAAAACGUCACUACCGCUUUUUAUAAUGGCCGGGGAUGAACACCAACUAGCACCGCGAGUAUACAAUUCCGAUACAGCAUUGUCGAUCUCCUUAUUUGAACGACUUUUUGGCCGCCCAAUCUACGCCGAUCACCCCCUGUCUCGAAGAAAUGCCGGCCCUUACAAGAAACUAACGAAAUCACUGCUUCCAAUGCCUCGUCCGGCCUUCGUGAAUCUUACUCGCAACUAUCGUUCGCACCCCGCAAUUCUUGCUAUGCCGUCCGUGCUUUUCUACAAUGAUACCCUCAUUCCAUGUGCAACUCCUAGCCACGCCCAGGGUCCAGUUCCCACAUGGCCAGAAUGGAGAGGCCGGUGUGGAUGGCCCGUCUUGUUCAACUGCAAUACCUCGCAGGAUCAGGUAGAGGAUGUCCUCCAUCAUGGCCCUGGCACAGGCGUUUACAAUGAUGCCGAAGCUAUGAUUGCGCUUAGAUACACUCGCUCUCUGCUCGCACACUCCACUACGAUUAAGUACAAGAAUUUCUCCGGGCCACACGGCUCGAAACCUCGGCCCAAACGCAUACACCAGAAGGAAAUUGCCAUAAUCACACCUUUUUUAGCUCAAGUGAGCCACCUUCGUAAGAUUUUUAGGUCCCACAACCUCUACGACGUCAACAUAGGUCCCCUAGAAGCCUUUCAAGGCCUUGAGACCCGUUUUCUCAUUAUCUGCACUACGCGCACGCGGUCCGACCAAAGGUUCCUCGACACUGAUCAAUCCAGGGCGCUCGGCUUGGUGGGCGAGAAACAACGAUUUAACAUGGCGAUCACGCGAGCCAAGGAAGGAGUUGUCAUCAUUGGCAAUCCGAAUGUCCUCGUGGGUACGGGCAAGGACGAAACGUGGCGCGCGUUUCUAAGUUUCUGUGCCCGAAACGGAUGUUGGACAGUGGAGCCGGACGCGGAUCCGUCGACGAGGACAACGUCCGAUUACUGGCGUAAGACCCUUGGAGGAAGAAAUGAGAAUGAGGCCGGAUCAGCCACAUAUUAUGACAUCACGAACGUUGGUUAUGUGAGUAGGCUGGAAAGAGGGCUCCUACAUGCCGAUUUGUUAGAAGAGCAAGAUGGGGAGGAUGGAAUAUCCUUCGGCGAUACCCCUCUAGAAAAUACAAGGUCCAAUCGGCGGAAUUUUGGGACUCUUCGGGAGGAAGAGGACUAUGAUGCAGCGGCAAUGUGGACGGCGGGUUUGGCGGCAGAGGAGGCUCUUAGGGGUUCUUUAGAAGAUGAAUUCUUUUCAUAG